CAAUAACAAGCCCCCCGUCGACGCCACGGCCGCCGCCGCCGCCGCCGCCACCACCAUGCUGCAGGAGGCGUGGCACACGCCCGACCUGCGGCCCUACGGCGACCGCGUGCUCGUCGGGCCGUGGCUCGCCUCGCAGCACCUGCAGCGCGCGCGCCACGAGCUCUUCCGCCGCGACUACGAGCAGGGGGUGCUGCCGCUGCAGAACACGCGGCGCAUGAAGGCCAACCUGCUGCGGCCGCAGACACUGGCCGCGCCCGACGCGCUGCUGCGGCUGGGCGACGUGGUGCAGGUGCUGGCCCCGGACAUGCCCGCCUUCUCCCUGGCCGGGGGCCGCGGACACCUCGGGGUGUUCCUCGCCGGCACGGUGGACGACGCCGAGGUCGACCGCUGCCAGUUCCUAAGCGAAGGCAGCCGCCUCCACGGCAGCGCGCAGACGGAGCCGUGCGUGCGCAACGCGUGGCGCCUGUGCGCGGAGGACGGCACGGCGCGCCUGGACGGCUGCCCGCUGCGCCUGGGGCAGUGCUUCACGCUGCGCGCCGUCGAGGCGGGCACCCGCUGCCCGCUCUACAUCCGCGCCCAGUGCAACACCACCAACGAGGUCGGCUGCGGCCCGCCACGGCUGGAGCUGAGCACGACGUGCGACACGUACUGCCGCUGGCGCGCGCUGCACUGCGACAAGCACAGGCGGCCCGAGACCGAGGGCGGCACCUUCCCGGCCAACAUGCGCCUUGUGCUGCAGCAUGCCGCCUCCAACCUCAACCUGGCGGCCAGUGCGGGCGGCAAGCGCCACUGGGUCCUCACCUUCUUCGGCAGGGAGUGCAAGAUCGGGCUCCGGAACUACACGGACCAGUACGGCCAGGUGACGUCCGAGAACGUGUGGAUGCUGGGCGUACAGCGGCUGCGCGACCGGCGCACCGAGUUGCCCUGCCCGGCGCCUGAGCUGUACCCGCCGCUGCCGCCGCCCGCCGACCCCUGCCCCUGGGCUCCGGACGCCACCUGCCCCCAGGAGCGCGCCUGCCCGCCUCCGCCGCCCGUGCUGCCGCCCCAGUGCCCGCCGCCGCCGCCCCUGCUGCCGCCCCCGUGCCCGCCCCCGCAGCAGCGCAAGAGCGACUGCACCGCCGACAUGCCCUGCCAGCGCGACACCAAGGUAACACCCCAUGGUACCAAUUACAUUUGCACCCCAUCGUGCCCAUGACAUUUGAAGGUCACGGUACCAACAAUAUUUGUA